AUGGAGGUGACCUGCCUUCUACUUCUGGCUCUGAUCCCGGUUCACUGCCGGGGACAAGGAGUCUAUGCUCCAGCCCAGGCCCAGAUCGUGCAUGCUGGCCAGGCGUGUGUGGUGAAAGAAGACAACAUCAGUGAGCGUGUCUACACCAUCCGGGAGGGGGAUACCCUUGUGCUGCAGUGCCUCAUCACUGGGCACCCUCGGCCCCAGGUGCGGUGGACUAAGACCGCGGGUAGCGCGUCGGACAAGUUUCAGGAGACGUCGGUGUUCAACGAGACGCUGCGCAUCGAACGCAUCGCGCGCACGCAGGGCGGCCGCUACUACUGCAAGGCGGAGAACGGCGUGGGCGUGCCCGCCAUCAAGUCCAUCCGCGUGGAUGUGCAGUACCUGGACGAGCCAGUGCUGACCGUGCACCAGACGGUGAGUGACGUCCGAGGCAACUUCUACCAGGAGAAGACAGUGUUCCUGCGCUGCACUGUCAACUCCAACCCGCCUGCCCGAUUCAUCUGGAAGCGCGGCUCCGACACUCUGUCCCACAGCCAGGACAAUGGAGUUGACAUCUAUGAGCCCCUCUACACCCAGGGGGAGACUAAGGUCCUGAAGCUGAAGAACCUGCGGCCCCAGGAUUAUGCCAGCUACACCUGCCAGGUGUCUGUACGCAAUGUGUGCGGCAUCCCGGACAAGGCCAUCACCUUCCGGCUCACCAAUACCACGGCACCGCCAGCCCUGAAGCUGUCUGUGAAUGAAACUCUGGUGGUGAACCCUGGAGAGAACGUAACGGUGCAGUGUCUGCUGACAGGGGGUGACCCUCCACCCCAGCUGCAGUGGUCCCAUGGCCCUGGCCCACUGCCUCUGGGUGCUUUGGCCCAGGGUGGCACCCUCAGCAUCCCUUCAGUGCAUGCCCGGGACUCUGGCUACUACAACUGCACAGCCACCAACAAUGUGGGCAACCCUGCUAAGAAGACCGUCAACCUGCUGGUGCGAUCCAUGAAGAAUGCCACGUUCCAGAUCACCCCCGAUGUGAUCAAAGAGAGCGAGAACAUACAGCUGGGCCAAGACCUGAAGCUGUCGUGCCACGUGGAUGCAGUGCCCCAGGAGAAGGUGACCUACCAGUGGUUCAAGAAUGGCAAGCCGGCACGCAUGUCCAAGCGGCUGCUGGUGACCCGCAAUGACCCCGAGUUGCCUGCAGUCACCAGCAGCCUGGAGCUCAUUGACUUGCACUUCAGCGACUACGGCACUUACCUGUGCGUGGCGUCCUUCCCCGGGGCACCUGUGCCUGACCUCAGCAUCGAGGUCAACAUCUCCUCUGAGACAGUACCACCCACGAUCAGCGUGCCCAAGGGCAGGGCCGUGGUGACUGUGCGCGAGGGCUCGCCCGCAGAACUGCAGUGCGAGGUGCGGGGCAAGCCGCGGCCGCCUGUGCUCUGGUCGCGCGUGGACAAGGAGGCUGCGCUGCUGCCCUCAGGGCUGCCCCUGGAGGAGACUCCAGACGGGAAGCUGCGGCUGGAGCGCGUGAGCCGCGACAUGAGCGGAACCUACCGCUGUCAGACAGCUCGCUAUAAUGGCUUCAACGUGCGCCCCCGCGAGGCCCAGGUGCAGCUGAACGUGCAGUUCCCACCGGAGGUGGAGCCCAGCUCCCAGGAUGUGCGCCAAGCGCUGGGUCGGCCGGUGCUCCUGCGCUGCUCGCUGCUGCACGGCAGCCCCCAGCGCAUCGCCUCGGCAGUGUGGCGCUUCAAAGGGCAGCUGCUGGCACCGCCGCCCGUCGUCCCCGCCGCCGCCGAGGCCCCCGACCACGCCGAGCUGCGCCUCGACGCCGUCACUCGUGACAGCAGCGGCAGCUACGAGUGCAGCGUCUCCAACGACGUGGGCUCAGCAGCCUGCCUCUUCCAGGUCUCGGCCAAAGCCUACAGCCCGGAGUUUUACUUCGACACCCCCAACCCCACCCGCAGCCACAAGCUGUCCAAGAACUACUCCUAUGUGCUGCAGUGGACCCAGAGGGAGCCCGAUGCUGUGGACCCUGUGCUCAACUACAGACUCAGUGUCCGACAGUUGAACCAACACAACGCCCUGGUGAAGGCCAUCCCUGUGCGGCGUGUGGAGAAGGGGCAGCUGCUGGAGUACAUCCUGACUGACCUCCGCAUGCCUCACAGCUACGAGGUCCGCCUCACGCCCUACACUACCUUCGGGGCUGGUGACAUGGCCUCCCGCAUCGUCCACUACAUGGAGCCCAUCAACUCUCCGAACCUGUCAGACAACACCUGCCACUUUGAGGAUGAGAAGAUCUGUGGCUACACCCAGGACCUGACAGACAACUUUGACUGGACACGGCAGAAUGCCCUUACCCAGAAUCCCAAGCGCUCACCCAAUACCGGUCCCCCCACUGACAUCAGUGGCACCCCUGAGGGCUACUACAUGUUCAUUGAGACCUCAAGGCCCCGGGAGCUGGGGGAUCGUGCACGACUGGUGAGUCCCCUCUACAAUGCCAGUGCCAAGUUCUACUGCGUCUCCUUCUUCUACCACAUGUAUGGGAAGCACAUCGGCUCCCUCAACCUCCUGGUGCGGUCUCGGAACAAAGGGGCCCUGGACACGCAUGCCUGGUCCCUCAGUGGCAAUAAGGGCAACGUGUGGCAGCAGGCCCAUGUGCCCAUCAACCCCAGUGGGCCCUUCCAGAUUAUUUUUGAGGGGGUUCGAGGGUCAGGCUACCUAGGGGAUAUCGCCAUAGAUGAUGUCACACUGAAGAAGGGAGAAUGUCCAAGGAAGCAGAUGGAUCCCAAUAAAGUGGUGGUGAUGCCAGGCAGUGGAGCCUCCCGCCAGCCCUGCCCACAGCUCUGGGGGCCCGUGGCCAUCUUCCUCAUGGCGUUGCAGAGAUGA